AGCUGGGUUCUCCAAAUUCUGAACACUGAAAUCAUCGGCCCUCUGAUUCACCCGCCAUGGCUCAAAAGUGAGACACGGUAUAAUAGUGUAAGGCGAGUUACGCACCCUCCCAUUAAUCUCCCUUCUGGCAUCCCUUUCAGAGAUCUAGCAGUCUAUACAGAUGGCGCUCGAUCUGAGAUAGUAGAAUGGUCCAGGACAGACGGUGGAAUAAUUGUCUUUCAAGCUGGCCAGAUGGUUUACCGCGAGAGUCUGUCCCUUGACUCGACGCUGUCUCCUUUCGACACAGAAGUGAACGCCGUGAAAGAAGCCCUCAAAGCUGCGCUUUCCCUACCAACAGCACAUUUCUCGGAAAAUAUUUGGAUACUCACAGAUAACCUGGAGGUAGCUCGCCUUUUAUUUCGGUCCCCAAUUUGCUCCUCACAAGUUGUUUUUCAACAAAUACAGGCCCUCUCCCAAGACUGGCCUCUCCGCACCCGGCUCCCACACAUCCCUCCCGAGAAAGUCAAGGCUUAUUGGAUUCCAAGCCACUCUGAUAUAUUGGGUAACGUUUUCGCCGACGCCUCUGCCCGGGAGGGGCUUUCAGAACCCCCGCCUAUACCUCGUGGGUACGUUUCUUUUGAUACCGCGCAAAAUUGCAUCAAUGUAGAAAUUUCGACGGUUAUGAAAGACUACUGGGACCGACAUGCCCCAGUUUCCUACAUGGAGCUUGCCAUCGACUCAUACUCUCGUCAUCCUAAGGAACUCUCACUAGCUAGACCGUUUCUCUCUAGACUAUACGCUGCCCGCUCAGGACGUGGUGACUUUGCAGAAUACCACCGCCGUUUCAAUCACGAGGGCGCUAACCUUCAUUGUGACUGCGGACAGCUCAAAGCCCCAUUGCACUUCCUAGAGUGCCACCUAAUCACACACAGACCUCCUCGAGCUCCAUUAUCUUCAAGGGACCCAAAGAAAUUUUUGCCAGGAACCUGGGAAGGGGUCCUACAUGUAGCAAAGUGGAUUUCUCUUUCUGAGUUUUACCUAAAGACCUGCCCUAGAAUUCCCAGAGAAGGAAUAAAUAGGUCUUAA